GUUCAGUCUUAACACAAAGUUCACCACAUCAACUUGUCGUCGAACACAGCGCACAGAGCCAGCCAACAUCCGAUAACGAAAACUCCCCAUCCGUUCAUGAUCACUCAAGUGCCGUGACUCAUCCCUCAACGCUGCGAAUGCAAUGCCAAAGGUCAAGUGUGUCGUUCUGGGUGACGGCUUCGUCGGCAAGACCUGCAUGCUGAUGUCCUACACGGUCAACCAGUUCCCCGUGACGCGCCGCAAACCGGCCACACUGCACAGCUACCAGGUCCCAUUCACGAUCGGAGACGACCCGUGGACACUGCAGCUGAUCUCCAUCGCCGGACAGCACGACUUUGAUCGUCUUCGGCUGCUUACUUAUCCCGAAACGGACGUCUUCCUGGUGUGUUUCUCCGUCGUAAAUCCGGACUCGUUUCAGAACGUGCGCAAGCUGUGGGUCCCGGAACUUCGGCAGCACUGCCCGGGGACGCCAUUUUUGCUCGUUGGAACGCAAAUCGAUCGCUGGCAGGAGAUUGGCGUUUUGAAGAGGCUGGCUAGGCUUAGACUUAAGCCGGUUACCCGGCGACAGGGUGUCGGAAUGGCAAGGGAGGUUCGAGCCCUUGGGUACGUGGAAUGCUCCGCGUUGACGCAGCGAGGACUGCAAGAUGUGUUUGAUCGAGCGAUACUGGCAGCACUGGAUGGAACGGGGGAGGUGGAGUUUGGAAACAAGUGUCGGGUUAUGUGAAGUGAAUGUUUUGAACCUCGGAAA